AUUACAACAAACACAGAAUGUCAGUCUAGUCACGUGACUGUCGUAAAUACAUGCGCCGUUAAAACAUUGGCACAAAAUCACGAGUGUCUCAAAGAGCUGCACAAACCACAACGACAUCCUCGGGUCAGAUCCCACGUCAGUGCAAGGAAAAACUAAACCCAAUGGGAUGACAACGAGAAACCUUGGAGGGGACCGCAAAUGUGGUGUGAGAGUCCAGUCCAUAGUGGAUCUAACAUAAUAGUGGUGUUGGCUCCUGCUGAUCCACCAUGCAGCCAUCUUCUUGUGGCUCUGCCCCCCUCCACGGAGGGUCACCGCAUCGUCUUUGGAAAGAACUCGGACCGACCUCAGGAUGAAGUCCAGGAGGUGGUUUACUCCCCGGCCUCGGACUACGAAGAGUGGUCCAAGGUUGAGUGUACUUACAUGGAGAUCGAGCAAGUUCCCCACACAUUUGCGGUGGUUUUGAGCAGACCGGCGUGGUUGUGGGGCGCAGAAAUGGGCGCCAACGAGCACCAAGUGUGUAUCGGGAAUGAGGCGGUGUGGGGGAGAGAGAGUGCCAAUGCCGAGGAGGCUCUUCUCGGAAUGGAUCUUGUCAGGCUGGCACUCGAGAGGGCGGACACGGCGGAGAAAUCGGUGCAUGUCAUAGCUGAGCUUCUGGAGAGACAUGGCCAAGGUGGAUGCUGCUUGGAAGAAGACUGUGGUUUCACUUACCACAACAGCUUCCUCAUCUCCGACAGGAAAGAGGCUUGGGUGCUGGAGACCUCCGGGAAGCACUGGGCUGCAGAGAGAGUGGAAGGCGGCUACCGCAACAUCUCAAACGAGUACAGCAUCACUACAAAGAUAGACAAAGAGCACCCUGACUUACGCAAGUAUGCACAAAGCAACGGCUGGUGGGAUGGAGAGGCUCCGUUCAACUUCGCUGCCGCGUACUCCCACAUGAACACGUCCAGAAUCGAAGCCUCGGGGAGUCGGUACUGCGAAGGGAAGAAGCUGCUGCAAAAGAGCAAUGGACGCAUCUCUGCUCAGACAAUGAUGGACAUCCUGAGGGAUAAAGAGAGUGGCAUAAAUAUGGAGGGCAUGUUCAUGACGACAGGCAGCAUGGUGUCGGUGGUACCUGUGGAUCCGGCUCUUCCAGGGGUUCACUAUUUCACUGCUACUCCAGACCCUGACAGGUCUGUGUUCAAACCCUUCAUCUUCCUGCAAAACGUCGGGGAGCUAAAGGAGACCACGUCCCCCAGUCACGGCCCAGAUGACCCGGUAAAAAGGAAGCCGCGUUUCCGGAGCAAGCCUGACCGAAGGCACGGUCUGUUUGGCAAACACGAGGCGGUGGCUGCCAUCAUUGGCACACAGAAGGAGCGAGGAGAGAGGAUGGUGCACAACAUGAGGAAGUUAGAAGGUGACAGGAUGAAACAGAUGGAGGAGAUUCUUUGUCGUGGCGUGAAGCAGCCGGACAUUUUGCUGGACGUGUUUUCCAGUUCCGUGAGGGCCGAGAUGGAGAUGUACGGCAAAGAGUUCUAACUCAAAAUUGGAUACAGUGCAGGUCUCACUUGUUACAACACAUCUGCUUGAGCAUAUAAGAUUCAAUAAAUGGUACAAUCAG